ACGCGAAGAACAUGGUGAAAGCCAUGCGUGAUGCGGAGCUUCCGAUCCUCCCAUGUGUCGCACACACAUUGCAGCUGGCUGUAAACGAGGGGCUGCUGGCUCAGAGAAAUGUAGCCGAUGCAGUGGCAGUGGGACGAAAAAUUGUUAGACAUUUUAAACACUCCGCUUUAGCCUACUCCCAACUGGAGGACAUACAAGUGUAACUCAACCAGCUCGUUAAAAGACUCCAACAGGAUGUUCCGACCCGCUGGAACAGCACUUAUUACAUGUUUCAGUCUCUCAUUGGGAAUAUUUGGGUCAGACUACGACCUUCCUGACAACUUCAUUGUCACCGCUCACCAGUGGUCACUUUUUGAGAAAAUUUUGUCUGUGCUUGCUCCGUUUGAGGAACUAACCCGAAAAAUGAGCUCACGUGAUGCACUUGCAUCUGAUGUCAUUCCUGCUGUGAUCGUGCUUAUGAGACUUCUGACCAAUGAAACGGACGAGGACCAUGGCAUUAAAACCAUGAAGGAGACUUUGGCUGCAGCCGUCAAGAGGCACCUCGGUGACGGGGAAACAAACCCAAUGUACUGCAUCGGGACUCUUCUCAAUCUGAGGUACAAAGAUCGCUUUUUCUCAAACAGUGACACUGCUACAGAGGCCAAGGAGAUGCUGAUGCUGCGCAGGAUGUCCACAGGAGAGGCAGACAAGCAGGAGGAUCUUGGAGAUCCACCUGUCAGAAAGCUUCGUAAGGUGCAAGCCAGCAGCAGUCUGGACAGUUUGAUGAGAUAGCAGGUGAACGGGAAUCAACAUCACCGGGCCUUUCACCAGUGGAAGCUGCCAUUCAGUUAGAGACAUAUCUUGGAGAGACCUGGGGCCUCAUUUAUAAAACAUUGCGUAGGAUCCAUACUAAAGUUUGCGUACGCCGAAAAUACGAAAAGGGCGUAUGCCCCUCGCCCCUGAUUUACAAAACUUUGCGUAAGCACAGCUGCAUGCAAUUUCUUGAUAAAUCACACACCAGCUGGAAGAUUGCACAGGUGGAUCCACCUCACAUUCCGCCCACAACACACCCACAUUUUACCAUGAAUGGUCAAUGCAAAGUAACUCAUGAAUGUAUCUGUAUAUAAAUAAGCUGCUGAUCCACGGCAUUUCACGCAGCGCCCCCUGCAGUCUUUUCACUGCUGUGCGUCAGGAUGAAUGAAUCACGUGUUGACCCAGGCCACCCUGCCACUAAAUUUGCUAUGAUCAUGUCCGAUGUACAAAUAAUUUGUAAACUGAUUGAAUGUACAUUUUUUCGGUUCACAUAGAGAAAUUCAUCUUCACUCGGGAGUUGUGGUGUGAAGCAUGUGUGCCUGUACAGGGCUGAUUAAUGGUUGGACGCUCAUCCCAUUCGGCCGCAUAUGGAUAAAUAAACAAAAUUCUUUACUUUUUUUUUUUUUUGCCUUUUUACUGUGAUAGUUGCAGUGAAGAGUGACAGGAAAUGGGGAGAAGAGUAGGAAGACAUGCAUAAAAGUGCCGCGGGCAGGAACCGAACCUGGGCCACUGCGUCGGAGACCACACCUACAAAUGGAUGAGCCAUACAGG